CGCAAACUGUAUGGGUAAUGAUGAAUGUCCAUUGACAUUAGAUGAUGCUGGCGGCGUUUUAGGACAUGCAUACUUUCCUGACUCUAGCGGCACCUGUAGAGAAAUCCAUUUAGAUAUAAAUGAACGCUGGUAUUUUGGAAAUAAUCCUAAUAUACCCAAAAAUCAAACUAGUUUUCUUAUGGUGUUGGUUCAUGAAAUUGGACAUGCCCUCGGCAUAGCACAUAGUGCUUCUCCGAAUGCUAUUAUGUUUGCCUUCUAUCAGCAUGAGAUUCGUGGUCUAGAUGUUGAUGAUAUAAAUGCAGUACAAUAUCUAUAUGGAAGAAAAAACAAAUAUGAUUCAAUCCCAACGUCUACCACCGCAUCAGCAAUACCAAAAACAACAACAACUAUAAGAUCUACAACUCAAUUGAAUCCAUCCUCUCCUCCUCCAAAACCCCCACGUCCUCUUACACCAACACCUCCCCUCCCAUUAUCUCGCCCGUUUCCUCCUCCAAAGUUCCCUGCACCAACAAAUCGGCCUUCUGCCUCACCUCCAGAUCCUGCUCCACCUCUUCUAGUACCUCCUCCAGCUCUUCCAUUGGCUCCUCCUCCCAAUCUGUCUUCUGCUCCUCCAAAGCUGUUAUUGCCUGCACCGAAACCUUUUCUUGUGCCUCUUCCGCUACCAGCGAUCAUAUUCAUGUCUACAAGAAAAAACAGACCUGUUGAUAAAUCCAGCCGACCUGAACCUUUGAGAGGCUCCAAUGUAAAUAUAUGCAGCCUUAAACCAGCAUCUCCAGAGUAUCAUCUUUGUUUUUAUCUGGCCUGGCACCAGAAGUUACCAGCGAAAGCGUGGAAAAUUUUCUGA